AUUAACACCCAAUGUAUGGGCCCUAAGGACUGCCUGUACCCACACCCGACUAAUUGCCAUCAAUUCAUACACUGCGAGGUUAAUGCCGAUGGAGUGACGGGUAGGCCUACUGUGAAGGACUGUCCCGCAAACUUGGAGUGGAAUGACAGCACAAAGCAGUGCGACUGGCCCUCAGACGAUACUUGUGGUAAUGGUGGACAGACACCAUCUCAAGAACCAGUGAUCACCAGUUCCACUGGUAACACAAAUGCCGGCACCAGAAGUACGGCUAACAUCCCGUCUCAAGAGUUUGUUUGUCCCGUUGAAGACAUUCAAAACACACAGUGUAUGGGCCCUAAGGACUGUCUCUACCCUCACCCCAAACAUUGCGAUCAAUACAUACACUGCGAAGUGAAUGCUGAUGGACAGACCGGUAGGCCUACUAUUAAGGACUGUCCUGACGGCUUGUAUUGGGACGACACUAACAAGAUCUGCAACUGGCCCGACCAAAGCACAUGCCCGGCCUCUCCCACUCCCGAUACACAUAUUUCCACAACCGGACGGGACUGUGAUUGUAGCUGUAGCUCAACUCCUGUCUCACCAGACAUACCAUCCCCUACACCGGCGCUUGAAUUUACGUGUCCUGCUGAGGACAUUGCGAACACCCAAUGCAUGGGCCCUAAGGACUGCCUGUACCCACACCCGACUAAUUGCGAUCAAUUCAUUCACUGCGAAGUAAACGCCGAUGGAGUGACGGGUAGGCCUACUGUAAAGAACUGUCCCCCGGGACUCGAGUGGAAUGAUAAUACAAAACAGUGUGAUUGGCCCUCACAGUCGACAUGUGUGGUAGUGUCCACUCCCGUCGAUACCGAGUUAUCGACCCCGAAGUCGGACUUCAUUUGUCCCGAAAAGGACAUAAUAGAGACUCAAUGCAUGGGUCCGAAGGACUGUCUGUAUCCACACCCGAGUGCCUGCAAUCUGUACAUCCACUGCGAGGUCAACGCUGAUGGCAGGACUGGUAGGCCUACCGUUAAGAAUUGCCCCGGUAUUCUAGAGUGGAAUAAUAGGGAAAAGAUAUGCGAUUGGCCCGGACUGUCCACCUGUAGAGAAAUUCCUACCAAUAUGAUUGACAUCUGA